AUGUGGGAAGUGGAUCCAGUCAAGGUUUGGAGGUCAGACCUUCUUACACAUCAGAAAAUCCACACUGGAGAGAAACCUUAUCAAGGUCUGGAAUGUGGGACAUUUUUCUGUGAAGAAGCCCAUCUCAGAAACCACGAGAGAAUCCACACAGGGGAGAACAACGAAAAGUGCCUUGAAUGUGGGAAAUGUUUUUCCACAAAAUCAAACUUGUUGCAACAUGAGAAACUUCACACCGGAGAGAGACCCUAUGAAUUCCCAGAAUGUGAAAAACAACUUGUAAAUUCUUCUGAACUUCAGAAACACCAGAAUGGGCACAAUGAGGAAAAACCCUAUAAAUGUGGGGCGUGUGGAAAAAGUUUUCUGGAACAAAGGAAGCUUCAGAGUCACGAGAGAAUCCACACAGGGGAGAAGCCAUUCAAAUGUGUAGAGUGUGAGAUGUGCUUUUCCGAUAAAUACAACCUUGCAAGGCAUCAGAGGGUCCAUACAGGAGAGAAGCCCUACAGAUGCGUAGAAUGUGGAAAAUCUUUUGCUCGAAAUGGAACCCUUUGGAAUCAUCAUAAAACCCACACAGGGGAGAAGCCAUAUCAAUGCAAUGAAUGUGGACAAUUUUAUCGCACCGCAUCAGCCCUUAGAAAUCAUGUUAAAAUUCACGCAGGGGGAAAAAAAUUCAAAUGUUUAGAAUGUGGGAGAACAUUUGCUUAUUCAUCUAAUCUUAGAAGUCACAGCCGAAUCCAUACAGGAGAGAAGCCCCAUAAAUGCUCGGAGUGCAAUAAAUAUUUUUCUCAAAAAAGUAAUCUUGUGAUACACCAGCGAAUCCACACUGGAGAGAAGCCUUAUCAAUGUCUGGAAUGUGGGAAAUAUUUCCGUGAAAAAGCCACUCUCAGAAACCAUGAGAUGAUUCACACAGGGGAGAAGCCUUACAAGUGUUGGGAAUGCGGGAAGAGCUUUUCACAGAAGGCAAAUCUUUGGGUCCAUGAGAAGAUCCAUGCAGGAAUCAAACCUUACAAAUGCUUUGAGUGUGGAAAAUGUUUCACUGAGAGUUCAUCUCUUCGCAGCCAUGAGAAAACACACACGGGGGAGAAAAAUGAAAAGUGCCUCGAGUGUGGGAAAUGUUUUACCUUGAAAUCCAACUUGCUGCAACAUCAGAAACUCCACACCGGAGAGAGACCCUAUGAAUGCCCAGAAUGUGAGAAACGAUUUGUAAAUUCUUCUGAACUUCAGAGACAUCAGGAAUGGCACAAAGAGGAGAAACCCUAUAAAUGUGGGGAGUGUGGGAAAGGUUUUAUUUCUCAGUACCGUGUUCAGAUUCAUCAGAGAAUCCACACAGGGGAGAAGCCGUACAAAUGUGGGGAGUGUGGGAAAUGCUUUAACCAAAAAUGCGACCUUGGAAGGCAUCAGAGGGUCCAUACGGGAGAGAAGCCUUACAGAUGCGUAGAAUGUGGAAAAUCUUUUGGUUAUAAGGAGCUACUCUGGAGUCAUCAAAAAAUUCACACAGGGGAGAAGCCAUAUCAAUGCGUGGAGUGUGGGAGAUUUUAUCGUACCACUUCAGCCCUUAGAAGUCAUGUGAACAUUCACACAGGGGAAAAAAAUUAUAAAUGUUUAGACUGUGGGAGAACAUUUGCUCGGUCAUCUCUCCUCAGAAGUCACAGCCGAAUACAUACCGGAGAGAAGCCCCAUAAAUGCUCGGAGUGCGAUAAAUGUUUUUCCCAGAAAAUUACUCUUUUGAAGCAUCAGAGUAUCCACACCAGAGAAAAACCAUAUAAAUGUCUGGAGUGUGGAAAAUCUUUUGCGCAACCUUCAACAGUUUGCGUGCACACUGUAAAUCAUGCAGGAGAGUGACCUUACAAGUGUGUGGAGUGUGAGAAACCUUUUCAUUGUAAAUCACAGUUAAAAAUGCACCAGAAAGGCCACAGCAGAGAUAAAUCUCUUCAGUUGGGAACAACAUUGGGAAUACUUUUUUUCAAUAAUCACACCUCACAGUUCAGCAAAAUCUUCACAAGCGAAAUCCUACAAUUGUUGGUUGUGGGAAAAAUAUUUUUCCUAGUCAAGUAACC